AGGCUGAGCCUGGGGUUCAGUGCAGGUGUGCAUGGGCCAGAGGGUUGCUUGUACCAGGGUAUGCAGAGGAAGAGUGCAAGGAAGGGUGCAGGGGAGAGGGUAUAAGAAGGGUGUACAGAGAAGGGGUGAAAAGAGAGGGUGCAGGGGAGGGUGUGCAGGGGAGAGAAUGCAAGAACAGAGGAGGGCUGCAGGGGAAGAGGGUGCAGAGGAAGGUGGUGGGAGAGGUGCAGGGGGACAUGUGCAAGGGAGUGUACCUGAUGCUUGCUGUGUUUAUAUCCUGACACUGUGACCUCAACUUCCAGAAGGGUCUGAGGCUGCCCUUGCAGGGUUCCAGGUCUGAGUUGGGGAGUGGGGGAAUUGAGAGACCACUGCAGGUGGUUGCACAGGGGAGUGUCUCUUACAGCCCCUUAAUGGGCAGUUCUCCUGCUUCAAAGACUUUCCUAGGGCUGUCUUCUACCCCAAAGGGUUUCUGGAAGGACCCCUUACUAGUGCCCCAGGGAGCAUGCCUGAGGCUCUAUCAGUUCCCCAGGAAAUGUCAGCUCAGCCAAGUUCACUGUGCCUCCCCCUGUGCAAAAGGAACAGUUACUGUUUAACUCCCUACCAAAGCCCCUGGGGCCCAAUCCCUGAGGUCCCCUCCCAAUGUGUCCACCCAGCAGGGACAAUAAGAAGUUCCCAUGGGAGAAGCAGGGUGAACCUAGAGUACCCAGGAAGGAGAGGACCCUCAGGGCCCCAGGCACCUCCUUUUGCAGCCACAUCACUGCAGAGUUCUAUAGGUCACAAGAGACAUCAGGGCUGGGAAUCAUCUUGGGCCCUGUGUAGAAGCAUCACCUCUUGGUGGGUAUGGACUUCCCAUGGAGAACUGGACAGAACAAUGUAGACAAAAGCCUCUGGGUUUGGACGUGACAAGUCAGGUUACAAAGAGGGCACGGCACAAGGAUCCAGAAGAAGGGAUGGCUGUUAGGCCCUUCAGAGUGGCCUCUGUCUCAGCCUGGCCCUGUUUACCCCUCCUACCUCCAGGACCUCAGGGCAUAGUUGAGCUCAGGGUGUCUGUAGGUGUCCCCAAUCUGCAUGCAUGUGUGGAUUCGUGACCGAACUGAGAACAAAACCCCACAGUUGGGAGCAAGUGUGGGCCAGAGCCAGGCAACUAGGCACCUGCCCUGCAAUGGGGGGCACAUUGCUUAUGCCCUGCCCCCAGGGCCUGCCUGUCGUAGGCACUGCAGCAUGGACACUGCAGCACCCACCCUCAUGUGAUAGCCCAACUGCAGGAGACAGUCAGGAGUGAGACCAAUGGCCACCUUAUGAGAUGGGUCCUCCUGGUGCAUGUCCACUGCGCCCCUGACAUCAUGGUGGCCCCAGGGUGCCCUGAGAUCCUGGAGGCAGAAGCGGUAAACAGGGACAGGCUGAGACAGAGGGUUGUCCUGCACCCCGGGGCCCACAUGAGGUGAUCCCCAUUCUGGUCUUGUGUAAGGGGCUUGAGGCAACAUCAAGCUGGUUCCUGGAAGUUCCACUGGUGGCUGUGAGGCUGGUAGGGUGGCAUCUGGUGCAGGGCCAGUGCUCCCUGAGGCCAACAGUUACUGGUUAACUCAUCCUGUUCCUGUUUAACUUGUUCCCUGUGGAUGGCGGCAGCCUCUGACCCAUCCAGGUGCUGUGCCCUGUCCAACUGACCACAAGGACAGAGAGGUGUCCUGCCAGCCCUUGGUGAACUAGUCUGCUCUGCAAAAGAGCCCUGUGGAGCUGGGGUGGCACCAGUCCCCAGCCUUCUGAAGGAGGCCCUGGUCAGAGCCAUGGCAGGUGUCUGUGACAGGGCCCCUGACUUCCUCUCCCCCUCUGAAGAUCAGGUCCUGAGGACUGCCCUGGGCAGUGCUGUUGUUCUGAACUGUACAGCUUGGGUGGUCUCUGGACCCCACUGCCCCCUGCCCUCAGUGCAGUGGCUGAAAGACAGGCUUCCACUGGGCAAUGGAAGCCACUAUGGCCUUCACAGGGACUCCUGGGUCAAUUCUAACUUGUCUGAGAUGCUCGUGUCCAGUGUUCUGGGGGUCAACUUGACCAGUACAGAGGACUACGGAGCUUUUGCCUGUUCCAUCCAGAACGUCAGCUCCGCCUCCUUUACUCUGCGAAGAACUGGUGAUGAGGGUCCUGGGGGUGGGGUGGGGGUCUCGGAGUCCAGGGAUCUGAGGCUGGAUGGUGCUAGGGGCAGUGGCUCAGGCAAUCUCCCGGCCCCCAUAGACUCAGCAGGCCACGUAGCAGCCGUGGUGGCCUCUGUCCUGGUCCUGCUGACUUUGCUACUGGCCGCAAUACUCUACAUCAAGUGCCGCCUCAACGUGCUGCUCUGGUACCAGGAUACGCACGGGGAGGUGGAGAUGAACGACGGGAAGCUCUACGAUGCCUACGUCUCCUAUAGCGACUGCCCAGAGGAUCGCAAGUUCGUAAAUUUCAUCCUGAAGCCGCAACUGGAGCGGCGUCGGGGCUACAAGCUCUUCCUGGACGAUCGCGACCUGCUACCGCGCGCAGAGCCUUCAGCGGACCUGCUAGUCAACCUGAGCCGCUGCCGGCGCCUCAUUGUGGUGCUGUCGGACGCCUUCCUUGGCCGGGCCUGGUGUAGCCACAGCUUCCGGGAGGGCCUCUGCCGGCUGCUGGAGCUCACACGCAGACCCAUCUUCAUCACCUUCGAGGGACAGAGGCGCGACCCCGCGCACCCCGCGCUCCACCUGCUGCGCCAGCACCGCCACCUCGUGACUUUGCUGCUCUGGCGGCCCGGCUCCGUGACGCCUUCCUCCGAUUUUUGGAAAGAGUUGCAACUAGCGCUGCCACGAAAGGUGCGGUACAGGCCAGUAGAGGGAGACCCCCAGACUCGGCUGCAGGACGACAAGGAUCCCAUGCUAAUAGUUCGGGGCUGUGUCCGGGAAGGCCGGGCCUUGGACCUGGAACUGGACCUUGACCCUGAAGGAGACCUGGGUGUCCGAGUACCUGUCUUUGGGGAGCCAUCAGUUCCACCACAUGCAAGUGGGGUCUCACUGGGAGAGGGCAGGGGCAGCGAAGUGGACGUCUCAGACCUGGGCUCCCGAAACUACAGUGCUCGCACGGACUUCUACUGCCUGGUGUCUGAGGAGGAUGUGUAGCCCUCAUCCCACCUUGGGUCACAGCAUUACCAGGGACAUAUGGGGGCUGAGGCAAGUGGGUCAUGUCUGUGAUAGGAUGGGCCAGGACCACAGCCUGUAGCCUGGUCUCUCAGGAAGGGGAGUGGCCUGAGGUUCCUCCCAGUGCCAGAAAAUAAAGUUGUCUUGGAUUCUG